GAAGAUGAGCAACCUCCACAGAAAUCUCGAGUAGAAUACAAAGAGUGUGGUGUGCGUAUAUACACAUACAGCUCCACGUACAACUAACCACGUCCGUAUAUACACACAACUCAACUAGAGAUCAAAGCCACUACACGGCGGUCACUUCCCUCCCUCACGACGUCGUUACUCUCUCUCUCUCUCUCUCUCUCUCUCUCUCUCUCUCUCUCCCCCUCCCUCCCUCCUCUCCCUCUCUCUCUCUCUCUCACUCCCCCCCCUCCCUCCCUCCCUCUCUCUCUCCCUCUCUCCUUUCUCUUUCUCCCUCUCUACAAUGUCGAAUCAAUCAAUCGUCCUGGAAGGAAUCGAUGACGUUGAUGACUUAAUAUCGGAGAAUGAAGAGGAGGAGAAUAAUAAUAGUAUAUCGCACACUCAUCUUCAUCAGCUCGUUAACAAAGCAAACAAAGCCUUCCGCCAAAAUCGCUUCGAAGAGGCUAUCAAUUGUUACUCAGGUGCUAUUAAUAUCAAACCUCAUCAUCCUGUUAUUCUUGGCAAUCGAUGUGCUGCCUAUCUCAGGAUUUGUCAAUUCCUGGUACAUAGACCUGCAUCAGAUUCUGAAUAUAGACCGUUAAGCGGGCUUGAUCCAACUGUACAUGCUGGACUUGCUUUAAAGGAUGCUGACAAAAUGAUGAACCUUCAAAGUGAUUCAGUAAAAGCACACAUUUUGAAGGCCGACGCACUAAUUUUGUUACAAAGGUUUGAGCUGGCCCAUGACAUUGUACUCUCGGGGCUUCAGAUUGAUCCUUCAAGUGUGCAUCUUCGGAAUUUAGUAAGAAUGACAUGUACUACAAUGGGGAGGAAUAAUCAUGAGAUAACUCUGCGUACGGAUGACUUUGAUUGUACUGUCUGCUUGAAGUUGAUUUAUGAACCAAUUACAACUCCUUGUGGACACUCCUUUUGCCGUUCUUGCCUAUUUCAAGCAAUGGACCGAUGUAACAGAUGCCCAUUGUGCCGAACAAUUCUUUUUAUAAGUCCUAGAACAUGUUCAAUCAGUGUUACACUGAACAACAUAAUACAAAAGAACUUUCCAGAGGAAUAUGCUGAAAGGAAGUUGGAGCAUGAAAAUUUGACAAUCAUGGGUGCUGAUUUGUUGCCUCUUUUUGUCAUGGAUGUUGUCCUACCCUGCCAGAAGUUACAACUCAACAUAUUUGAACCUCGGUAUAGACUUAUGGUAAGGAGGAUAAUGGAAGGAAACAGAAGAAUGGGAAUGGUUACGAUAGAUUCGACAUCAGGUUCAGUUGCUGAUCACGCUUGUGAAGUGGAGAUUACUGAUUGUGAGGCACUUCCAGAUGGACGUUUCUUUCUAGAGGUUGAAGGCCGCAGAAGAUGUCACAUAAUUGACCACUGGGAUCAAGAUGGGUAUCGUGUGGCUGAGAUUGAAUGGAUACAGGAUAUAUGCCCAGCUGAAGGAACAGAAGAAAGAUUAGACUUAGAGGAUACUGUACAAAAAGCAGAAGCAUUUGCUAAAUCAUGGAUGAGGACGGCACAAGAGGCAGCUCAGGGAGAUCAAGUACGUCUUGCACAGCUCCUCAAGGCUGAAGAGUUGAUGCCCACAACAAAUGAUCCUGAGCACUUUAGCUUUUGGCUUGCAACUCUAACUAAUCGGAGACCAUCACAAAGGUUGGACCUCCUUCGCAUGAGAGAUACAAACGAGAGGGUGAAACGAGGGCUUAUUUACUUGAAAGCCGCAGAACAAUUCUGCACAACGCAAUAGCAGCACCGUUCUGCACCAAACCAUUAUAUUGUUAAUAUGCUAUUCAACAUUGUUCUGUACAUGAGAUUCUGGAAAGAAAAUAUAGAGAAGAAAACAUAACAGAAUGAAAGGCCAAGAUACAUAUGUUAUAUAUUUAUGAGACCCAAGAGAGAGCAAACCCUUAAAUUUAUGUAACUUUUGAUGUGAAGGUGGUUUAACUUUAUUGAACUCGACUUCUGUAUUCAUCUUGAUUGAACUUUGAAUAAAUUAUAUAGCUUUUGGCUUAA